AUGCCCUUCAACAAAUUUCUGUUAAUGGUGGUUAUCAUUUCUUUUUCAGUGUGUACAAAGGUUCUAAAGGAUGCAAUGGCCAAGGUUCCUGAGGCAGAUAAAUCAAAGCCUGAUUCUAUUGCUAAGAUAAUUCGUGAACACUGUGAAAAUGCGAAGCUCAAAGAUCACAAAUUCUGCUUCUAUAUCGGAGCUUUACCAGAAUCUGCAACCUCCAUGAUGGCGGAUGUGACGAAACCUCUGUCCUGGUCGAUGCCUCCGGAGAAAGUUUGUGAGAAGUUGAAAGCCAAAGAUGCGCAAAUUUGUGAGCUUAAAUAUGACAAACCCCUCGAUUGGAGGAACAUCGAUUUGAAGAAGAUGCGUGUUAAAGAACUUAAAAACAUCCUGAACGAGUGGGGAGAGGUUUGUAAAGGCUGCACUGAAAAAUCUGAGUACGUUAAGAAGAUUGAAGAGCUGAAACCAAAAUAUGUGAAAGAGGAGCUGUAUUUCCAUGUUAUGAUUGCUGGUCCUCAAGAUUCUCCUUUCGCUGGAGGUGUUUUCAAACUGGAAUUGUUCUUACCAGAAGAAUAUCCUAUGGCAGCACCGAAGGUCCGAUUUAUGACUAAAAUUUACCAUCCCAACAUCGAUAAGCUUGGAAGAAUCUGUUUGGAUAUUUUGAAAGACAAAUGGUCGCCUGCUCUGCAGAUUCGCACUGUCUUGUUGUCAAUUCAAGCGCUCUUGUCAGCGCCAAAUCCUGAGGAUCCAUUAGCCACCGACGUUGCCGAGCAAUGGAAAACCAAUGAAACCGAGGCGAUUCGCACUGCUAAGGAGUGGACCUUGCAAUAUGCACGCGAAAUUGAUCGAACUUUUUACAAGAUCGAAUACAAAAUGACUCUCCAGUGGACUAUUAUUGCCGCAGUCCUGUAUAUCGAGAUCGCUGUCACAUUCAUCCUUCUCCUACCAUGGAUCCGGCCUUCCAUAUGGAGCAAGUUGUUCAAAAGUCGUAUUCUUACAUCAUUGAGUGCUCAUGCACAAAUAUAUUCCUACGCUGGAGCCUUCGUUCUUUUCAUCCUGUUCGCUGAUGCGGUUCGUGAGGUUAAUAAGUAUUCGCAUGUCGAAAUUGCGAUGGACAACUCACCACGUCAUGCUGCGGAUGCCGACGCCAUCGUUCACAUGAGACUGUUUCGCGCCCAACGAAACUUCUACAUCUCUGGUUUCGCCCUUCUUCUUUUCCUCGUAAUCAAACGUAUAAUGGGUCUGCUCAGUCGAAGUGCCCAGCUAGAGGCUGCAAGUGAAGCUGCAAUGCGUCAAGCUGAAAGUGCUUCCAAGGCAGCUAAGACUCUAAUGAAUGCAGGAGGUGACGGCGAAAUAGCUGACCUCAAUCGUAAAAUAGAGGAGCUGGGCACCGAGCUAAAGAAGACGCAGGUUGAUCGUGACACUAUUCGUAAACAGGCAGAGAAUCUGCAAGAGGAAUACGACCGUGUUUCAUCCCUACUUGUCAAAUAUGAGGUGAGAUCAAAACAUGUAUUCUUUCUCAAAUUUCAAGAGCUUUCGCAUUCUGCAUUAACCCUUACAAGCUAG